AUGUUCUUUUCAAUAUCUUCAGUUGCGACUUUGCGCAAGUCAGCAGCAGGUGCAUCUCGCAAAAUUCUAAGCAACCGACGGGGCUUAUUGACCCUGGCAAUCGAAACAUCAUGUGACGACACUUCAGUCGCGAUUGUUGAGAAAAGGAAUGAAAGCUCCGCUGCUAGCAACACCAAAAUUCAUUUCCUUGAGAAUAUAACCUGCGAUUCACGAGCGCAUCGCGGCAUCCAUCCGAUUUUAGCCCUUGAAUCCCAUCAAGAGAAUCUCGCGAGCCUCGUCGACAAAGCCCUCGGGUACCUGCCGGCCUCAACAGAUGGAGACAAAUCGAUAAAUUUAGCGAAUGGGUCGAAUCGCCAGCGACCGGAUUUUGUCUCGGCAACUCGAGGACCUGGAAUGCGUUCCAAUUUGUCUGUCGGGCUCGACACUGGGAAAGCACUCUCGGUUGCUUGGCAAAUUCCUUUGGUCGGGGUACAUCAUAUGCAAGCACACUUGUUGACCCCUCGGCUGGUAUCAUGUUUGGACAAAGGCAAUGGCGCAGUGGCCUCAGGGGCCGUGGGGCCCCAAUUCCCAUUCCUGUCUAUUCUUGUCUCGGGCGGCCACUCGAUCCUAGUGCAUUCCAAGUCUCUAACGGAUCACACCAUCAUGGCUUCCAGUGAUGACAUUGCGAUGGGUGAAGCUCUGGACAAAUCGGCCCGCGAGAUUCUCCCUGCGUCCCUGCUACAGGGGGCAAAGAAUACCAUGUACGGCAAAACUUUGGAACAAUUUGUCUUCCCCAACGGCCCCUCGGAUUUCGCGGAUUAUCGGCCCCCGAUGAACCGGGGGGAGGAGGUGACCAAGCGCAAGAGCUCGUGGGGCUGGAGCGUAACUACGCCAUUCGCAAAUACCCGGGCUCUGGAACUGAGCUUCUCAUCUGUCUCCAGUAUGGUAAACAAAAUUGUCAAAGAUAGGGAAGGUCACUUAUCUCAAGAUGAGCGUGUCGACCUUGGACGGGAGGCAAUGCGUGUCUGUUUCGAACACCUAGCAUCUCGAACUAUUAUUGCGCUGGAAGCUCUUCGGGUGAGAAACCGCGAUGAAAAUGAGAUAAAGACACUCGUUGUGAGUGGUGGCGUUGCGGCAAACAAGUUCCUUAUGACCGUUUUGCGCUCGUUCUUAGACGUGCGCGGAUUCGAACACAUGAAGAUUGUUGCACCCCCUCCAUAUCUGUGUACUGACAAUGCUGCCAUGAUUGGAUGGGCAGGCAUCGAAAUGUUCGAGGCUGGUUGGCGGACCGAUCUAAGCUGUCGCGCUCUCCGCAAAUGGACUCUAGACCGUCAGGCCGAUGAUGGUGGAAUUUUAGGGCCCGGUGGGUGGAUUAUGGAUGGAACAGCUCUUUGA